AUGUCAACAAACUCAUUUGACAAUAAGGAUGGCAGCAGCAGUAGUAGCAAGACAACAACGUUUGGUGGCGCAGCUGCAACAUCUAUAGUACCUCAACAACAACAGGUCAAUGGAUCAGUUAGUGAUACAAUUGCAACAACAACUAUAACAUUGCCACCACAGAAUGGUAGUGGUGGACGAUCGCCUGCAACCUCAUCUCCUACAUUAUCAUCACAGCCUACAGCAGCAUCAACAACAGCAACAACAUCUACACCUUCAACAACAACAGCAACAUCUAACAUAUUAUCAUCAUCAAGUACAACAACUGUACACAGAGAUAUAUUACUACCGGUAGUGUUGUGGUGCGGACCACCAACACACUGGAUAACGGCCAUCCUCAUCACACCGGACAAGCGUACGAUUGUGACCGGCUCGCAAGCCGGCCACAUUGUCAUCUCGUCCGUCUAUCUCGACUCUCUCAAAGAGAGCCAGUUCAUGCCCAAGAUCUUCACCCUCGGUCACAACGGAUCGCCCGUUACAUGUCUCGCCAUGUGCCAAGUCGAGGGCCACGAGGCUGUCGUCAGCACGGCUGCCGAUGGCUCCCUGGCCGUCUGGAACAUCAGUGAUGGCUUCUGUCUGGUAGCCUCACCUCCCAACCUCCUAAUGUGCUCGCCCUCAUUCAUGGUGACCCUGCCUAACAAACGACGCGUUGCCAUCGUUGGCAAGGGAUCCAACUCAAUCUACAUUGUCGAUGUCCAGACUCUAAGCAUCAUAGCGACACUGUCUGAGCACACUGAUUGGAUCACUUGUUUGUUCACAUGCACGAUAUCACAGAACGCUUCACCUUUGUUGUUGAGCGCCAGUCUUGACGGAACGAUUCGCUUCUGGUCUCUCAAUGAGGGCGAGUUUGACUUCUCCCUGCAGACCAUCUGUCUCUCACCCGAGGGCAACUGCUCUCACUUGGACGCCCCCCUCGCGAUCGAGUUCUCGCCCAAUGGCAAGCUGCUGCUGGUCGUCUCCAAGAACAACUGGUCAGUGUUCUCAACGAACAACUCUUAUAAGCUGUGGUCAAUCAAGUGUCCCCAUCCACAGGGUUGGUACGGUGGAAGCUUUGUCAACAACUCGAUGUCGUUGGUAUGGACACGCGAUGGCAGAUCCUUCUUGUACAAGCUGGACCAGGUGCAAGGCGAGCAGCUCAAGUCAUUCUCGAUGGGCCAUCCCAUGCCCAUGCCCGGAACCUCACCAAUCAAUCUCAUUCCCAAGAUCAACAUUACCGACUCAACACCUGGAGCAAGCGUUGGACAAAUCUGUGAUUCAAUCGAGGUCACUUACCUUGCGCCAGAGACACCUCCACCUCAGUUGAUCCUGAGCUUUGCCAACUAUGAUACGACAUCAAAGCAUCCACUCUCACAUUCACAACAGACGUCUGGCGCAGGUGGACUCUCAUCAUCAAUGUCAUCGUCAUCAAUGCAGCAUCAAAGUCUAGGUCAACAACAUGUUCAACAGCAUGCAGGUUGUGAUAUAACAAACAAGAUUGGAGCGGCGAUGUGUUGGAGCAAUGUAUUCUUGGUGGGCGACUCUUAUGGACGCGUGAAGAUAUGGGUCAUACCCGUGGAUGACAUGCCACCUCAGAGCAUGAGAAAGUUAGUUCGCGAACCAAACCUCAUUGGACAUAUCUCAAGUGGAUGGAGUGGAUGUGAGACCAAGACCCGAUCCAAAGUGACUGCGUCACUCGUCCUUGAAGACAUGCUAUUGUUGGUCAGAGGUUAUGAGGACGGCAGCAUAAGUACAUCAAAGCUACCAACUGAUCUGUUGACAAAGUUCCAUCCUGGAUCACAUACAAGUCGUGUGAAUUGUUUAAUGAGCUCACAGCCUGUGGGCAACAAUACGAGGCGUCGUCUGUUCUCUGCGUCAAGUGACACCACCAUCAAGGUGUGGGAGUUGUCAACCUUUACACUGCUUCAUACAUUCUCACAUCACACUGGACCAGUCACCUCAAUAUUCUCACUUCCUCAAAUGAAGAAGCCAACCUUUGUAUCCAUAUCCGAUGACAAAACACUUGGAAUGUACUCCUCUGAGGAUCUCGUCUGCAAACACAUGUUUGGAGUACAUUCAUCAUCUGUAGCGCGAGUGUUUUGGAAGCCAGAGCAGGGAUACUUGAUUGUGGAGACAGUGGACGGAUCAGUGGCACUCUGGGAGAUUGGUUCUGGUGAGCUAGAAGGUGUAGUCUAUGGUCAAGUAGCCAAGGACAUCAUUGACAAUGCUCUCCUCCUAUCCAUCUCACCAAAUCCCAAGGACACCAUCCUAAACAACUUCACACAGACCACUCAAUCACUGAUAUUCACAAACAAGAAUGAUCCUCCAAUUCAAACAAUAUUCCUCAAUGUCAAGGCCAUAUCUGAUGAGAUUAUCAAGUACACAGAGAUGGCUGCUACAUAUAGCGCUUCGCUAAACACCAAUCCAACAGCCAUUUCAUCGAUACAUAAGGUGCUAGAGCAUCUGAUUUCAAUCUUCUCCUAUCUUAUACCAUGGGGAAUGGACCGCAAUCUAGAUCCCAUGUUCAAGAAGGACUUUAAACUGCGUCCACCUCAGCCCGACUUCUCAUUGGGUCUGAUGGGGGAGGGCGGCAACAUAAGCUUCCUCACGCCACAGGCUUCCAGUACUAAUGGCAAGAUGCAAUGCUCCGAGUAUCUGACUGCACAGAUCACACUGUCUGCCGUAGCACUGGCUCGUUCCAUCCUGAGGAUUGGCGGAAUGGAGAAUGUGUGCAGCCAACUGACCACCUACUAUUGUAUCACACUGCCCGACAGUCUGCCCACCUAUGUCUUCCCCGACUUCUCCUAUCUAGCCUCCUACUGCCAAGACAACUCCGACGACAUUAUGUUCUCAGCUCGCUCCAUCUUCAAGAGUUCAAUAGAAAUGAUGCCCACUCCUCAGUUCCAGAAGCUUCUCGAUUAUUACUCUCAAUUACUGAGAUCAGACUCUUUGGGACAUGUAGAGAGGGCUCGAGCAGUUAUCGUACUUGGCAAGAUUGCAUCACAUCGAAAGGACUUGGUACCACCAGAGUUCUCAUUGAAGAUUGGUCAAGAGUUGCUCAAGAUGAUAUUCAAGGGCAAAGGACAUCUUACCACUGCUGCCGUAGAGUUGAUUGGAAAAGGAUUCUUACUCUGGAAGGAGUCAAUAAGGGAUCAUGUUCCAAACUUGAUCAAGUGUUUGUUCACAUUGACUACUCAGAAUGACAUCCUGUCGACAACAGCCACCAACUCUCUACUACUGAUCGGAUCGAUUGAUACUGUUAGAUUUAUACAAACUGUUGGAGAUGAGAUCACACAUGAAGCAGGUGGCGUAUCGACUACUAUUCAUGCUAUAAUGCUUAUUGGACUGUUGAUCAAGAACAACUCGGAUGCUGUACUCCCCUUCCUGCCACGUGUAAUCGAUUACAUCAUGAAGUGUUUGGAUCCGCAUAUGCCAUCGUUUAGGGACGCCUGUCUCAAGCAGACGACAUCGGUGCUGCAUCUGAUGGUGCAAAAGUACCCGAUGGUAUCAUUCCAUCAUGAUACUCAGCGUCUGCUGCUCGGCACACUGGAUGGCUCCAUUGUAAUAUAUGAUAUGAAGUCUGCGACUAGAUGGCACAGAAUCGAUGCGAAUGCGGAUCGCGCAUUUGUCUCUGCCGUAUCGUUCAGCGACAGUGGCAAGGCAUUGGCAUCUUUCAGCUCAAAGGACAGUCUGGUCAAGAUCUUCCAGACCAACACCAGCUUCUUUGGUUUGCUGGGCUCCCAAUUCAGCUGCACCAAGACAGUGAAGCUGCCCUGGGAGUGUGCACCGCUCGACAAGCCCAAGGUCGAGAACAUCAAGUUACAAUGGACCACACCAUCGCAGCUCUUCCUCAAGAAGGAUGUUAACAGUCUCACAAUCAAUCUAGAUUCGGCGCAUUAA